UGCGCGCCCCUUCCCGAGGGCGGCGACCGGCCCCGGGGAAAGUUACCGGAGGGACCGGGGAAAGUUACCGGCGGGACCGCGGCCGCGCCACCAGGUGGCUCCGGACCAGCCCCAUGGCAGAGAAAUCAGACUGGCGGGACUCGGACAGCACCUGGGUGCUGGCGGGCAGUGAGGGUCUGCCCGUCGACACAGUGGGCCCGCAGCAGGAUUCGACCUCCCAAGGGGCUGAGGAUGAGGAGCUGGAGGAAGGCACCCAGGACGCUGUCCCAUCCACCGACGGUGCAUCCGCCUUCCCCGCCCAGAGCCAGCGUGCCGAGGGCAGCGGGCAGGGGGACCCGGAGGAGUGUGGGGCCCCCGGGGCCGUGCCCACCCCGGCUGACUCGGCACAGCCCAGUGUGCCACAUGGCAGCGAGCGGGAGGAGCCCGACGCUGAGCCGGGGCCCUGCCCUGACACCCCCAAAGCAGGGCCACCAACAGAGGAGGGGAGCUGCACCAGCAGCGAUGACGACACGGAGGGGCUGCGGCGACGGCAGGGCCACGAGCCCCGUCCUGGACCGCCGGACCCCGCGCCUGCCCUGCGCCGGCAGACGCUGGAUGCCGGUGAUGACGAUGGGCUCAGCAUGAGCAAGUACCUGCUGGGCGCCUUGGCGCUGGUGGCUGUGGGGCUGCUGGUCGUCUUGGGUGGCAUCUAUGAUGCGGCAGAUGGCCCGGUGGAGAGCGUGGUGAGCCGGGACACAGCGGCCAGGGACCCGGAGUCACCGCUGCUUGCUGAUGGCAACGACUCGCAGCAGAAGCCCCCACCGUCGGACGCCGGGGACCCCCAGAGCGUGCAGUCCGUGAGCCUCCUCCUGGACAAGCUGGCCAAGGAGAACCAGGAGAUCCGGCUCAUGCAGGCGGAGCUGCAGGCCCAGAAGGAAGAGCUGCACGCCCUUCUGCAGAGGAGCGAUGGCGAAGCGGCUGCGGCGCAGCACCAGAGCCUGGCUGUGGAGAACGCGCGGCUGCGCGCGGCGCUGGAGCAGGAGGCCACCGCGCUCCGCGAUGCCCGCGCCGAGCUGCAGCGCCUGCGGGCUGUGGGACCACCGGGCAGCCCACCGGCUGGGCAGGCAGAGCAGCCUCCCAGUGCGGGCGCCCCGGCCCGUGGUGAGGAUGCGGUGUGGCCGGAGGGUGCCCGGUGGCAUGACCGGCUGGCUGCGGUGCGGCGGGAGCUGGUGGGGGCUCUGGAGCGGGCACGGGGCACUGGGGAUCUCGGGGGGCUUGUGGAGGAGCUGAACACCCUGGAGCAGCGCCUAGGCCGGGAGCUGGAGGUGGGGGGGUCCAAGCCCUUUCCCGGAGCCUGGAAGAAGCCGUUCAAGGCAGAGAAGAAGGAGAGCAAGCGGCACAAGCGGCACGGACCGGGGGGGGCCCCACAGGAGCGGGAGAGGAGGGAACACGGCAAACCCCACAAGCACGGCAAGGAGCCCCGGCCCCCCCGGGAACACAAACCGGGCAAAGCCUGGGGGAAAUCACCUCCCGGCCCCCCGCAGUGGGGUCCCCACGAGCUGCCCCCGCUCAGCCGGUACCGGGUGCCGCAGGGGUGCUCAGGGGUGGCCGAUUGCGCCCGCAAGGAGGGGCAGGAGGUGCUGGGGGUUGCGCUGGAGCCGGUGCAGAAGGUGCAAUUCCUGCAGCUACUGGAGGCCUUCAUGGGGCGGCUGGGCUGGGGGGGGCACUUCGAGGGGCUGGCGGCGCGGCUGGACGGGGCCUUCGGGGCCGACGGGGCCUUCGCCCACGACCACCUGCGCUUCGUGGACUUCGUGGAUGACGUGGAGGAGCUGCUGGAGGAGGUGGCGCGGCGGGAGCGGGGCAAUGAGGAGGCGGCCGAUGGCUUCGAGGAGUACGUGCUGCGGCACUACGGCGGCGCGGCGGGGAAGGAGCGGGGCUGGAGAGCCCCACGGCAGCACGGCACAGGGGGGUAGAACUGGGGGGGUUGUGCCGUAGUGUGCUGGGGUGGCUGCCCCCCCCCCCCCCCCCCCCAGCCUUCACCCAGCACCCCCCAGGGAAGGGGUCCCCAUUUCGGGGGUCUGGGGGCUGCCGUUGUGCCCCCCAGGGCCAGGUACCGUGGGGGCCCCAGCCAGACACACUGUGUGAUGCUGUCACCGGGCAAUAAAGUCACUGCUGGGCUGA